GCGGGCGCUGGGCCCUCCCAGCCCCAGGAGUGCGGGCGCCCGCAGGAGGCCCGUCGUCGCUGCUUGGGACCCCGGCCCAGCUACCCCAGCCGCUUGGGACGUGCGGCGGCGCGGAGUGAGGUUCCUGAAGGCUUCAAAGGAGACCUAACAGGGGAGGCUCCAUGUCCCUGGGUGAAGAUGAGGCUGAGACAGAAGUGUCUGUCAACACAGAGGUCCCAUCCUGUGGCAGGUGGGACUCUGGGAGGCUGCUGUCCCCAGGGCAAGAACCAGAGCAUCUGGAAGUCCAGGGAGGGCCACUGUGGAGGACCGAGGCUGACCCUGGCUGCAUCUCUGGAGGCUUCUUGUCACAGACCCACACUGCCAGCAAAGAACCAGUAGCAGACAGGUCUAAGCCUCCCCUCAGUGGCCCACUUCCUUCUGCCAGUGUGGGAACUGGAGAGCUUUUACGCCCUAUGGGAAGCCAAAUGGAGGAAAACAAGCCUCCUGCCUCCCGGGACCUACUUCCAGCUAUUAAAGUCCUUGGAACUAUAACCGUUUGCUCAGGACAUGAGGCUGACAGUGAAGACUUCCAGCCUGCAGUUGCUCCAUCUCAGGUGUUGGGCCUUGGCCAGCAGCCACACAUCUCAGGUCUCCCUCUCCUGUCCCAGUGGAAGCCCACGGUGAGCCCAGGCGCUCCUCAGCUCUCUAGCGGAAGCAUCUCUGUCUCCUCGGUGGGCAGCAGUCUCCAGGACCACCUAGACAAGGCAGAACCUCAGAGUGGCUCCUUUGCCAACAUCUCCUCUCAGGAGUUGACUGUACCCCAGGCAGCCCACUCUGUGGUGGGGGCAGGGUCUCCGUUCCAGUGGUCAACACAGCCUGUGGCCUCUGGCGGCGAUGCUACAGGCCUGGGUAAGAGACACCUCUCCUUUCAGGCAGAAUACUGGGCCUGUGUGCUUCCAAAUUCUCUGCCUCCUUCCCCUAACCGUCACUCUCCACUCUGGAACCCAAAUAAAGAGUACGAAGAUCUGCUUGACUACACUUACCCUCUGAGGCCUGGGCCUCAGCUCCCCAAGCAACUUGAAAGUCAUGUGCUGGCUGACCCUGUCAUGCAGGACUCAGGUGUAGAUCUGGACAGUUUCUCUGUCUCCCCAGCAAGCACUCUCAAGUCACCCACUAAUGUCUCCCACAAUUGCUCAUCAGCGGAAGUGCCUACUCUGCCGUUGUCUGGAGCCAGAGAGCCAUGUCUUGAGCGCUGGCCCUUGGGAGUGUCCCAGAAACAGGGUGGCACAAGCUUGGCAUCCUGGAACCAGUUGGCAUCGACCCCUAGAACCCCAGGCACGGAAGGUGCUUCUUGGGAGAACAGAGAGGCAGCCCUGAGGGGCACAACAGAGGACUAUCUCCCUAGAGGCAAGAACGCCAGUGCGGGCUCUCCCCAGCUGAAGACGAAGGAGAAAGGACCACCCUUUCCCAGAGGAGAGAGGGAGAAGACAGGCAGACAGAGUGCUGGGUGUCCAGCCUGUGUGAAGCCUGAGUGGCCAUCAGAAGAGGAGAUUGGAAGUGAUGAGGAGUACCUCGCUCUGCCCUCCAGGCUGACGCAGGUCUCUAGUUUGGUGUCCUACUCAGGUGCCAGGCCCACCUACGUGACCCCACCCACUGGGGCUGCUGAGGGACACAGGUCACUGCAAGUGUCAGACAGUGAUGAGCCAGCUUCCCCCACGCUGGACGCCAGCCAAAGGCAGCAUCCUUCUGGCCCUGCCUUUCAGGGGCCUGUGGGCCAGAGCCCCUGCUUCGGACACUCUGUCCAGGCCCAGGACUCUAGAGGCAAAAGUAGGCUGAUGAGCAGCCAGACCCUUGGGGUCUCUGCAAAACAGCUGAAGACUCACCCCUCCUCAAAAGCUGUGUCUGACAAGUGGCUGUUGUCGGAGCCAGUGGCUGGAGAGAAGCUUCCCAGGAGAAUAGAAGAGCAGGAGAAAGCGUCUCUACUGCAGUGUGUGCAGACAUUUUGCUGUCAGCUAGAAGAGCUGAUCUGCUGGUUGUAUAAUGUCACAGAUGUUGCUGACCUCAGCGCUCCACCCAGGGCCAGCCUUACAGGUCUCAAGUCUUCUCUGCAGCUUUACCGGCAAUUUAAGAAAGAUAUAGACGAACAUCAGUCCCUGACAGAGAGCGUCUUGGAGAAGGGAGAGAUUCUUCUUCAGUGCCUGCUGGAUAACACCCCAGUUUUAAAGGAUGUCCUUGGGAGGAUCGCAGAGCAGUCUGGAGAGCUGGAGAGCCGUGCAGAUCACCUCUAUGACUCUAUCUUAGCGUCUCUGGACAAGCUGGCUGGCUGCACCCUCAUCCCUGACAACAAGCCAAGAGCAGCAGCAGAACACCCGCACGAAGGGCCUUGACUCAGCAGAGGUGGCGUCAUCAGCUAAUUGGCCGUUGGGAAGAAAACUCAAGAACUCCUUGCAAGGGCCAUUUAAUAGUUAAGGAAGGGGAGAGAUUCAACUUUACCGUACUUUAAGAUGCCUUUCUCACCUCUGAAGGGUUGAGUUAUUACUAUUUUCAUUUACUAUGAAUCCUCCAAACUAAGACCUUAUCUUUUGGUGCCUCUCUACCAAAAAUAUGUGGCUUUAUAACUAUUUGGUAAAACACUUUGACUUGUGGGUCUCCUGCACCCCACCCCUCUGUUUAAAAACCAGCAGAUAAAAUGUGUUGAAGCCAUCUACAGAAAGAAGGUCCCAAAUACUUGGGGAUUCUCAGGCAUACAGGGGGGUGGGAUCUAAGAGAGGGAAAAUGUUAGCCCUUAGUCCACAGAAGUCAGGAGAUCCUCUACAGCGUCCUUUGGCAGCGGCCUACCGGGUGCCACCUGUAGUGGUUAGUCUCCCACCCUGUGGAGAAGAUGCCUCAGGAGUUGGCCUGCCAUCAUGCUUCUGAACUACAAGCUUUGCUUACCUCUGGGGCACUCAAACCGCUACUCCUCUCUCCUUUGAAGACUAGUCAAAGGAAGGGAAUGGGUAGAGACAGCCACGUGGUCUGAUCUGUACAUAAAUUAAAACAGCCAUUGGUGAUGGGGGCGUGGGGAGGGAGACGACUCUGUGAUUUGGGAGUCAACAGGUAGUGCCUUGUCAGUAAGAAAAAAUUUCUAUGGACCUAUCACAAUCCCUAUCUAUCUAGCUGUUCAAAGCAUCAAUUACAGCUUUUGAAGCAAAGUGUUUGUAUGCUGGGUACCACAAAUUCCGCAAAGUAUCAGAGGUGGGCUUUUCAGCUUUAAAAAAGAAAAUAGCUGCUUAGAUAAGCAUGUAUGUGACUUUAGUCCUAGCGCUUGGGUUUGAGGACAGCCUAGUUUAUGUUAAUUAGAGUCCAGGCUGGCCAGGCCUUUAUAAAGAAAAGAUUAGCUAUUCAUUAAGUUUACAUAAAACACAGUAUUUUCACAUGCCUGCUGCUACACAGUAUGACUUACCGUGUUUACGGGCAUGAUCCAAAUUAAAGAUUUUUGUUGUUACUGGUUUGUUUUUGAUUUUUUGAGACAAGGUUUCUCUGUAACAGAACCCUGGCUGACUGGGACUCCCUCUGUAGACCAGGCUGGCCUCAAACUCACAGAGCUCCAUCUGCCUCUGCCUCCCAAACGUUGGGAUUAAAGUCAUGCACCACCACCGCCCAACUCAAAUUAGUUUUAUUCUGCCAUCUCUAAGUUAAGCUUAUUUCUUAUACUGUACAUGCUGCAUGACAUGGUGCAUGGUGCUUUCAAAAGGUUAAAACAAAACUUUUCUAGAAAAUAAUUAAGUUAAAUGUAAAACAUCCUAUGAAACCUAAAUUGGCCAGAAGCACAUCUUACCUUUUUGAUGUGGCUUUAAACUGCCUUUCACCAAUGUUAGAGGAGCCCUCAGGUAUUAAACCCAUUUGACAAGCAUGAAAGUCAGGGGACUCAGAAAAGAGCGAGCUGUACCAACUGAAUGCAAAAUGGGGCAACCCUCUUCUUUCACUGUAUAAUUACAACCCAUUCACCUGACAUCAACAUGGUGCGCAGCAGAGUGCUUGCCUGAACAUGGUCUGGUUUGCUCAGCCUCUUUGUAACAGAAAGGCAGCCUUUACUGUAACUUUAGGGUCUGGCUGGCCUUGGCUGGGACUGCGGUUAGGAACAUCAACACAGCUGUUAAUUACAUCUUCUGGUGUGUAUUAUGCUUCAACUAAAAUUGUCUCAGCCUCGGAUGUCACCGCCAUUUCCACGUGCAAAUGUGGCCAGACUAGACUCAAAUAGCCUUUUUAGAAUUUAUAAAUGGUCCCUUAAAGUUCAUUGAGUUCACAGUAAAGUAGCAUCUCGAGACAGGGUUCUUACAGGUCUACAGGUAAGCUCUAGCACAAAGAGAAUUCAAACACAAGCUGUUUUGAAACUUAGAUGGAACCCCAAAGGAAACAGUAGUACAAGGUUUGGCCAAAUAUAUGCCCGAGGGAACUUCUAUCCAAGUGAGCACAGGAAGUUAGGGUGAGCCAUGGACACAGAGAAUGCUCCUCAUGCAAGUUACUCCACGGCAGUCAUUUUUAAAAUAUAGUGAGGAAUAAUCUUCUAUUAUGUGAACAAGUUGGAGUCUUGAAAUGUUUAUACUUGAAAAAUGGGGGGCUAGAGAGAUGGCUCAGGUUGAGAGUGCUGACUGCUCUUCCAGAGGUCCUGAGUUCAAAUCCUAGCAACCACAUGGUGGCUCACAACCAUCUGUAAUGAGAUCUGAUGCCCUCUUCUGGUGUGUAAGAAAAAUGGGUUAUUUCUCCUCUAAAACAGCAAUUGUCAGCACAUACAUAAAAGCAAACAGUGAAGGAUGCUGAAAUGAUCUGGUAGCCCUAAGCUUGCUGCCAGUGGGGAAAGAGCACUAGAAUUUUACAAAGUCUGUAAAUAUGUUUAUAUUAAAAAUAAAUUCAUGUAAUAUUUUCUGCUAACAGAAUAAGCUGACAGUUUGGACAACUUUUGCUGUGUAAAAUUAAAGUGCUUGGCAUCAUUUGUCUUAUACUGGUUUUGUAUCAUUUAGUUAUGACAGAAAAUGGCUUAUGAACUCUUUCUCCCUUUGUAUUGACAAGGAAAAAAACCAACAGCUACAAAAGAAAAAGUAAAAGAGAUACCCAAUUACUGGUGACCUGAGGAAUUUCCAGUUAACCUUCUUUAUAUAUAAGGAUGAAUAGACCCAACAAGCGCAUCUAUAAUACAAAGUAAACUAUGAUUUUAUUGUGAAAUUCUCAUAGAUGGAAAAUUAAAUUGAAUAUUUAUUCUGUCCAUUUUUCAUUUUACAAUAAUCUUACCACUUAUUUUUGUACCAUGUAUUUCAAUUGUCUGUUUAGUGAAAAAUAAACCUGUAAUUUUUGGCUUA